AUGGAGGCGGCGCUGGAGGCGGCGCGCGCCAAGGACACCAAGGAGCGGCUGGCGGGGGUGGAGCGGCUGCACGAGGCGCUGGACGCGGCGGCGCGCCGCGGGCUCGCCCCCGCCGAGGUCACGGCGCUCGUCGACACCUGCGUGGAUCUCACCAGGGACGCCAACUUCCGCGUCGCGCAGGGCGGCCUGCAGGCGCUCGCCGCCGCCGCCGUGCUCGCCGGGGACCACUUCAAGAUCCACCUCAACGCGCUCGUCCCCGCAGCCGUCGAGCGGCUCGGGGACGGCAAGCAGCCCGUGCGCGAGGCCGCGCGACAGCUCCUCAUCACCCUCAUGGAGAUUGCUUCGCCAACAAUCAUUCUCGAGAGGGCUGGAAAUUAUGCAUGGGCUCAUAAGAGUUGGAGGGUUCGGGAAGAGUUUGUACUUACAGUGGCAACUGCAGUUGGACUGUUUGCUUCUACGGAGCUUCUCAUGCAACGGGUUUUAUUGUCACCUGUCUUGCAGUUGAUGAAUGACUCGAAUCAAAGUGUUAGAGAAGCUGCUAUAUCUUGUAUUGAGGAAAUGUACAAGAACAUGGGAUCUCAGUUUCAUGAAGAGUUGCAGCGCCAUAAUCUGCCUCCAUACAUGCUAAAAGAAAUAAAUUCAAGAUUGAAUAGAAUAGAACCAAAGGUCCCCUCAUCUGAUGGUGCUGCAACACAAUAUAAGGUUGCUGAAUCUAGAUCACUUAGUGUUAACCCGAAAAGAGGCAGUCCAAAGACGAAAAGCACAACGAGGGAAAGCACGCUAUUUGGAGGUGACACGGAUAUAACAGAAAAACCAGUCGAACCAAUAAGAGUUCACUCAGAGAAAGAAUUACUUCGUGAGUUUGAGAAGAUCGCAGCUACUCUUGUUCCAGAAAAGGACUGGUCAGUUCGUAUUGCUGCCAUGCAAAGGAUUGAAGCCUUGAUCUAUGGAGGCGCUAUUGACUACCCGUCAUUUCUUGUGCUCUUGAAGCAGAUGGUUCCUCCAUUGUCCACUCAGCUAGCCGAUCGACGGUCUACCAUUGUAAAGCAGGCUUGCCAUCUACUUAAUGUGCUAUCCAAAGAACUCCUUGGUGACUUUGAGCCAUGUGCUGAACAAUUUAUUCCAAUGCUUUUUAAGCUUGUUGUCAUAACUGUGCUUGUCAUUGCUGAAUCUGCAGACACCUGCAUAAAAACUAUCCUACGAAACUGCAAGGUUGCACGAGUUCUUCCUCGUGUAGCUGACACAGCUAAGAAUGAUCGAAGUGCAGUUCUCCGUGCUAGGUGCUGUGAAUAUGCUCUUCUAAUAUUGGAGUACUGGGCUGAUGCCCCGGAAAUACAGCGAUCGGCUGAUCUAUACGAAGAUCUAAUAAAGUGCUGUGUAGCAGAUGCAAUGAGUGAGGUCCGUGCAACUGCAAGAACUUGCUAUAGAUUAUUCACAAAGACAUGGCCUGAACGCUCACGCCGUCUUUUUAUGUUAUUCGAUCCUGCUAUACAGAGGACAAUAAAUGAUGAGGAUGGUGUGCACAAACGUUACGCUUCUCCCUCACUACGUGAGAGGGUUGUGCAGCCUUCUCGUGCUUCAUCUCAUGCAGGAGGCACACAUAUGCCAGGAUAUGCCACUUCAGCUAUUGUUGCAAUGGACAAGAGUGCAGCUAUUUCUUCAGAUUCAUCUCUUUCAUCGAACAAUCUUCGUUUAUCGCACUCAAAGACAACCAGCAGAAUUUCUGAAAGAAGCCUAGAAAGUGUGCUUAACUCUAGCAAAGAGAAGGUUUCUGCCAUUGAAAGUCUGCUUAAAGGUGCAAGCAUAUCAGAUAGGCAAAAUCUCUCAGUUGCACGCUCAACAAGCUUGGACCUUGGGGUUGAUCCUCCAUCAUCUCGUGAUCCUCCUGUUCCUCUUGCAGCACCAGCUUCAAAUCAUCUAUCCUUGCAGAACUCUACAUUCUUGGAUUCAACCAUUCCUAGCGUUGCGCGAAAUGGAAGUUCACGUUUACUGGAUACAAUGUCAACACAGUUGGCUACCAGAGAGCGAUCAAGAUCACCAUAUUUGAGUAAACUGCCAUCCGAGUCCAUGACAGGCUUAUCGCUACCUUAUGUGAGAAGAUCUGCGGAGAGGCUACAAGAUUUUGGCCGCAUGGAUGAGAGUAAUGAUACCCGAUCAACUAGGCGAUAUCCUCAAAUGCACACCGAGAAAAACUAUGUUGAUAUGCCUUAUAGGGAUGCACCCGCUCACAGAGAUUCACAUAAUAGCAAUGUCCCGAAUUUCCAGAGACCUCUUCUAAGAAAGCAGGUAAUAUCAAGGGCUUCUGGAAGUGGCAGACACAGUUUUGAUGAUAGCCAAGCACCAUCUAGUGAUGUGUCUAGAUAUACAGACACUCUGGUAUCUCUGCAUGAUGCACUUUCUGAGGGUCUGAAUCCUAGCUCAGAUUGGAUAGCAAAAGUCUCAGCUUUUGAUUUUAUUCGGAAUAUAGUUCAACAAGGUCUGAAAGGUGUGCAAGAAAUUAGUCAGAAUUUUGAAAAGGUCAUGAAGCUGUUUUUCCGUCAUAUGGACGAUCCUCAUCAUAAGGUAGCACAAGCGGCCUUUUCUGCACUUGCAGAGAUUAUUCCAGCUUGCAAGAAGCCAUUUGAGAGUUACGUCGAAAGGAUUUUGCCACAUGUUUUUUCCCGCCUUAUUGAUCCAAAAGAGUUGGUAAAAAAACCAUGUUCGUUGACGUUGGAGAUUGUUGGUCGGAUAUAUGCUGUUGAUAUGUUGCUACCUGCCCUAGUACGCUCGCUAGAUGAACAGAGGUCCCCAAAGGCAAAACUGGCUGUUAUUGAAUUUGCAAACAAAUCAUUCGGCAGGUACACUGUAGAUUCUGAAGGUUAUAGUAACAGCGGCUUCCUUAAGCUAUGGCUUUCAAAAUUGGCACCUUUAGUAAAUGAAAAGAAUGCAAAAUUGAAGGAGGCAUCUAUUUCUGGUAUCAUAUCUGUGUAUUCUCAGUUUGAUUCUACAGCAGUGCUAAAUUUUAUAUUAAGCUUGUCAGUUGAAGAGCAAAACCUAUUGAGGCGUGCCUUGAAGCAAAAAACACCUCGUAUUGAGGUUGAUCUGGUUAACUACUUACAGAGCAAGAAAGAACGCUCCCGUCCUAAAUCUUACGACCAAGCAGAUUUUGGAACUUCUUCCGAAGAUGGUUAUUCACAGACAGUGAAAAACAGCUAUCCUUUUGGGCGGUAUUCUUCUGGUUCACCUGAUGCUGAAGGGGCAAAGAAGACAAAUACAGUGCAAGAGUCCACACUGCAUAACGUCUCUAUGGGUCGAACAACUUCUGAUAUGAGCGUAGAUACUAAUCAAAGCUCGGAUCUGGCUGCAGGAAUUGAAGUUCUUUUAUCUAGAAGUAGAGAAUCAAAGAAGAAUACUAGCUCAGUUGUGGAAGACAAACGUUCUUGGACAAACUAUCCUGAAAAAACUGAUGCCUCCUUAGAUGGCGAAACUCCUCUGAGCACUCCUCGCUUAGACUUCACCCAACUCCGCAAUCCUGAUGGGCAUAAUGCCAUUAGUUUAACUACUGUAAAAAACGUUCAAGAUGGAGAUUUGGUUGUAAACCUUAGUUCUAUAAAGACCAGCCUUCAUGCUGACAACGGUUUGAGCAUACCACAACUUCUCCAUCAGAUAAGCACCGACAGUGAAGUAUCAAGUUUGGAAAAGAAUGCAUCAUUGCAACAGUUGAUUAAAGCUUCUCUUUCUAAUGACAGCUCCAUUUGGUCAAAGUACUUCAAUCAAAUAUUAACAGCUGUACUUGAGGUGCUGGCUGACUCCGACUCGUCUACUAGGGAGCUUGCUGUAUCCUUAAUUGGCGAGAUGCUCAACAAUCAGAAAGAUGCUAUGGAAGAAUCAAUUGAGAUUGUUCUUGAAAAACUCCUGCAUGUGACCAAAGAUAUGGUGGCAAAGAUUUCUGACGAAGCAAACCGAUGCAUAAAUGUUCUGUUGUCAAAAUAUGACCAUUUCAGAUGUCUUUCUGUUGUAGUACCUCUUUUGGUCAGUGAUGAUGAAAAGACGCUUGUUGUGUCUAUCAACUGUUUGACAAAGCUUGUUGCACACCUUUCUCAGGAGGAGUUGAUGAAUCAAUUGCCUACAUUUUUGCCAGCACUCUUUGAUGCUUUUAGUAACCAAAGUCCAGAUGUUCGAAAGACUGUUGUAUUCUGCUUGGUGGAUAUCUACAUCAUUCUCGGGAAAUCGUUUGUUCCCUAUCUGGAAGGGCUUAGCAGCACCCAGCUGCGCCUAGUAACCAUCUACGCAAACCGGAUUUCGCAGGCAAGGUCUGGUGCGCCAAUUGACGCUAACCAAUGAGCUGUAACAUUCUUAUUUCUGUCCAGCAUGCAUAUUUGGUUGGUAGGUAGGGGGUGAGAUUUUUGGGGGGUUUCGUUUGUUUGUUUGUGUAUGUGUAUAGUAUAAACAAGCGCUUCCCUUGUUGUAUUGGAAGUUCCUGGCUUUUGUUCUUUGUGUGAUUAUGUAUUCUCUUUUCUUUGUUUGGUUAGCAUGGGGAGAGUGAGUAUUAACGAGUGUGUUGUCUUCAGUUGUACAAGUUAGUUACACUGUAAAGAGAAAGGAAAUGUAACUUAAUGGAGUAUCGGUGUGCAA